UAGCUUCUGUAUACUCCAUUUACAGCAAAGUUUCUAACAUGGCCAACCACAAACUACUUCUCUGCCUGUUCUUACUUGCUAUCUCAACGAUUUCCAACGCUCGAUGGGUCGGAACUCCCGGACCUCGGUGUAUGCGACAAGCUUGCGCCGACAAUGAAAAAAUAGCUUGCCAGGCGAUAAACGAACUGGAUGCAUACCAUCGUUGCCCAGAGGCAUGUGCUGACUUUGGUGACACUGAAUGCUUCAUUGGUUCCCGAAUUUGUUGUCUCCCAAAAUAAAUUUCCCAGGAUCUUAUCUGUUUUGCUUUAUCAUACCCAUCAUACUUACCGAAUAAAAAAUGGGCAGCUAUGCAAAUGAGGUAUCACUGAACGACAUUAUAUAUCUUUGAAGAGAAGAUUGCUUUAUACCAUAUAC